UUCCGUGCAGGGGUAGUAGAAAUACCGUGUCAACGGGUACUUCCGUUUUGAUUUUUAAGAGACAAAACACACACCCGGUGUUGGGUAUUAGUAAUACACACACACACAUACACACCAACGCCAGAUGUAUCACGCUACGAGCGUGUUUUAAUGGUUGUCAGAAACACACAUACUAAAAUGAUAUCGCCAUGGAUUGGUUUCGUGAUUAUCUGUCUCAACCUUGUAUGUGGAGAAGAAGAAGAACAGUUCGUCAACUUCGGAGUGAUUCUACCCGUUCAUGGAAGAUACCCCUGGGUGCUCUACAAAACCAAACCGGCUCUGGAACUGGCCGUCUCGUCUAUAAAUAAUAACACGAAUUUGCUGCGGAACUACACAGCCCGGCUCGUGUACCGGGACUCGCGGUGCUCGGAGACUGACGGCCCCCUGGCGGCGAUCGACAUGUACAUCGAGAAGGCGGCGCACGUGUUCAUCGGCCCCGCCUGCGACUACGCCGUGGCCCAAGUCGCGCGCUUCUCCUAUAAGUGGGGAAUCCCCGUCAUCAGCGCAGGCGCACUCGUACAGGCCUUCCACGACAAGACCGAGUACCGCCUGCUCACCCGGAUGAUGGGGUCGUACACGAAAAUAGGUAACUUUGUGUUAAAACUCUUACUGGAGUUCAACUGGAAGACCGUGGGACUGCUGUUCAGUGAUUUCCAGAACGAUCCCAACAAAGGCCAUUCCAACUGCUUCUUCACAAUACAGGCCAUUUUCCUGGCGUUGAAGCGGACCGUGAAGAAAACACCCUGGCAUGCGUCCUUUGAUCGUAAAAAGAAGGACAUGGAUUUUACAGAAUUACUAACUGAUGCUUCCGAAAAUUCACGAAUGAAAUGGUUUCUGGACAAGGCAGAGUUGAAAGGAUGUAAGGCAAAGUCGUGA